AUGUCUGAAGGGGAAGUCCAGGCGGAGUGGUCAGAGCUGCCGCUUGACACACGGGUGCUCGAGGCCUUGAAAGACCUCGCGUGGAGGAAGCCGACUGCCGUCCAAAGCGCGUGUGUGCCACUGGCCCUCAAAGGCAAAGACAUCUCCAUCCAGUCCCACACUGGCUCUGGUAAGACCGGCGCCUUCGUCAUUCCAGCUGUGCAGCGCAUCAUCACGGAGCGGGAGCAGUGCGGCAGUGGCCGGGUGCUCCCCAGCCCACGCGUCCUCAUUCUCGUUCCGUCGGUCGAGCUGUGCGAACAGACGGCUGAGGCAACGGAGGUGAUAGCCAAGUAUGUACAUCCCCGGCUGGUCAUCGACAACCUGACGUCCGGCGGUGACGUGACGGCGAGACGCAUCCAGUCUGCCCACAUAAUUAUUUCAACAGCGGCCCUUCUGGGAAAGGGCUGCAGCCACGGCACUGUGACGGCUGACACACUUAAGCACGUGCGCUUUUUCGUCCUCGACGAGGCCGACGUGGUGGCCUCGAUGGCGGAGCGAUCUCUGCGCACGGUGCAGUCCCUGCUGCCACCGAACAUGCAGGUUAUUCUAGCCUCCGCCACCCUAACCAAAGGUGUUGCUGCCGUUAAGGGCCAACUGCUGCGGCAUCCGGUCAACGUGGUGCUGACAUCGGAGGACGUGGAGGAGUUGGUGCCUGGCGAUAUCAAGGACAGCGCGGCCUCGCAGCAGGGCCCGGUUGUCGAGUCCCGUGUCACAGUGAGAGAUCCACUGAAGAAGACGCUGCACCAAUACUACCUGGUGGCCACGGACGAAUGCCACAGUCACACGCUUCUCUUUGGUCUCUAUCGCAUGGCCCUCAUCACCGGCAAGACACUUAUCUUUGUGAACGAUGAUGAGCAAACGUAUCGCCUUCAGAAUUUCCUGGAGCAGUUGGGCGUGGCAACGCUUGCCUACGACGCAAACCUCCCCGUCAACGUGCGCUUUGACACUCUACGUCGCUUCCAAAGUGGCGCGGUGUCCACGCUCGUGUGCACCGAUGGCACACUGGAGAAAGCAAUGCAGCUGCAGAUGUCGUUGGAGGAGCCGCAGCCAGGUGGGAGGGCCUCAACCGGCAAGUUGGCGGCGUCAUCGCGGCGUCGGUCGCGACCAACUCCUGCCUGCGGCGGCGGCCUUGCGAACGACGAGGCUCCCUCGGCGUUACACCGCGGCAUUGACUUUACACACGUACGCAACGUAAUUCUGUUUGACGGUGUGGAGGCGACUGACCCGAUUGCCUUGUCUCGUUACACCCACCGCAUCGGCCGUGCUGGCCGCGCCGGCGAGGAGGGAGUAUCCAUUGCGAUCUUCACCGUGCCGAAGGCCCGCAAGUACCUCCGCCCACUCCAGGAGUACUGCAGAGGGCGCGGCGAUGCCAUUCAGCCGUUUCGGCAGAUGCAGCGAGCUGAGGUGGCUAAACUGCAGUACCGCGUGGACAGCGUGUUGGGCAACAUCACGCGCACCUCGACGCGCAAGAUGCGCGUUGCCUCCGUCGCCGCGGAGCUGAGUCGUAGCUCGUACCUGUCAAACUACCUGUCGCAGAAGGAUACGGAUGCCCUGCAGCGAGUCAUGCAGCGGUCCUCAAAGAGGGUUAGGGUGGAGCGCAACAUCCUCGAGGUGCCCGAGUACAUGCAUUUGCCGACCGCGGACGACGUAGCCACCUACCGGAAGCGUGUGCGAGCCAGUCAGACGCAGUCAAACCGUCUGCGCAACGCGACUCACAAGGCCACUGCGGACCCGCUGAAGGCAGUGGUGUCUAAGCUGCGCUCCUCCAAGCGCAAGACAUAA